AUGGGUGUCGGACGUCGCAUGAAGAAGCAGGGCCCGCCCCAACCCCUGUCGGAAGAGCACUUUGCAAAGCUCAAGCGCAAGGCCGGUCUGCCUGCCGAUCCUGUCGUCGAGGCCCCCGAGAAGAAGAAGCGGAAAACCAGCAAGGCUACCGAACCCAAGAGCAAUGGAGUCGCCAAGAAGGACUCUGCUAAGAAGGAUGCCACCAAGAAGAAGGGAGCCAAGGCUGUGAAGGCUGCGCCGCCCGCGCCCAAGGCGAAUGGCAAGAGCAAGAAGAGCAAGGCCCCUGCGCCGGCAUUGGAGGAUCUUUCUGAUGAGGAGAUGGAUGAUGAGUUUGACCUGGACGAUCUGGAGGAUGGAUCUUCAGACGCUGGUGUUGGAUUGAAGGACGAUUUCCUCGCCUCUGGGUCCGACGACGACUCUGUGUUCGACUCAGAAGAGGAAGGCGGCGCUGCAAAGGCCAUGUGGUCCGAGGAUGAAGACGAGUCGGACGCCGAGGAGAAGCUCACAGCCGCCAACAUUGAGGGUCUCUCAAGAAAACUGGACGCUCAAAUGGCGGAGGACGCUGCCGAGGCCGAGGCCGAGAUGGCUGAGGACGCUCUGCAGACCAACAUCCACGGCGACAAGCCUCACAUUCUACAAGACGAUGACGAGGACGAGGACGAGCUCACAAAGACCAAUGCCCUUCUGGCGCCCGACCUGCAGCUCCUGCGAACGAGAAUCACCGAAACCAUCCGCGUCCUCGACGACUUUGCCAAUCUGUCCGAGGACGGCCGCUCGAGAGUCGAGUACACGACACAGCUCAUCAAGGAUAUCUGCGCAUACUACGGCUACUCUGAGUACCUGGCUGAGAAGCUCUUUAACCUCUUUACACCCCGCGAGGCCUUUGCCUUCUUCGAGGCUAACGAGUCGGCGAGACCCGUCGUCAUCCGCACAAACACCCUACGCACCCACCGCCGUGACCUCGCCCAGGCUCUCAUCAACCGCGGCGUCACUCUCGAGCCCGUCGGCAAGUGGUCCAAGGUCGGCCUCCAGGUCUUCGAAAGCAACGUUCCCCUCGGUGCUACCCCCGAGUACCUCGCCGGCCACUACAUCCUCCAGGCCGCAUCAUCUUUCCUGCCCUGCAUGGCUCUCGAGCCCCAGGAGAACGAGCGCGUGCUGGAUAUGGCCGCUGCUCCCGGUGGAAAGACGACUUACAUGGCUGCCAUGAUGAAGAACACUGGUGUCAUCGUGGCCAACGAUCCCAACAAAGCCCGAGCCAAGGGUCUCAUCGGAAACAUCCACCGUCUCGGCACGCGCAACGUUGUCGUCUCCAACUACGAUGCCCGAGAGUUCCCCAAGCCCAUGGGCGGCUUCGACCGUGUCCUGCUCGAUGCCCCCUGUUCCGGUACCGGUGUCAUUGCAAAGGAUCCUAGCGUCAAGACCAACAAGACGGAGCGUGACUUUAUGCAGCUGCCUCACAUCCAGAAGCAGCUUAUCCUCGCCGCCAUCGACUCGGUCAACCACGCCUCCAAGACUGGUGGUUACAUUGUCUACUCGACCUGUUCCGUCACCGUUGAGGAGAACGAGCAGGUCGUUCAGUACGCCCUCUCUCGUCGUCCCAAUGUCCGUCUCGUCGAGUCCGGCCUCCCCUUUGGAAAGGAAGGCUUCACGAGCUACAUGGGCAAAAAGUUUGACCCUUCAAUGCGCCACACCCGCCGAUACUACCCCCACACUUACAACGUCGACGGUUUCUUCGUCGCCAAGUUCCACAAGAUUGGACCUACACCCCUCAAGUCGUCCGCACCCCGCGACCGUUCCUCGGGCCCUGCAGAUGAGGAGGAAGAGGUCAUCGACAAGACGCCCAUCGCUACCGAUGACGACGAGGAGCCCAAGUCCAAGGCCGAUGACGACUUUGGAGGCUGGGACGAGGACGAGGACCAGGAGUACAUGGAGAAGGGCAGGAGGAACGCCAUGCGCAGGAGAGGUCUGGAUCCCAGGAGUAACAGCAAAAAGGCCAAGAAGCAGAGCAAAAAGUAG